CUUAUAUCCCCCGACUUCUUCUUCUUCCUCAUCUUCUUGCUCUUCACCAUCCCCAUCCUCUUCUCUCCCUUCACCACCGCCCUGCUGCUUGCUCUCCCAUACCACUGCCUGCUCUACAUUGCAUGCUCACAUCCACCUCCUCUCUCCCCCCACCUCCACUCUCCCUCCACAAUGCUAUCUGAUCCACCGACCCAGCUCGGCAGGUCCCUCUCCCGCAAGCUCAAGCGCAGAUUCACCAUGCCCAAAUCGCCCUCCUUCUCCUCCUCUUCCUCCUCCACCUCCUCCUCUUCUCAAUUUGACCUCUUCCCCCGCAUCCCCGCCCGCAACCGCUCCGACUCCGCCAGCAACGCCAGCAACUCCUCCUCCUCCGCCGGCUACGCAUCCACCCAACACACAUUCGACACCUCUGACUUCUCCCGCGCCGCCUCUCUCUUGUCCUCGCACAAUCCCGCCUCCUCGACCGCAUCCCUCCCGCUCUCGCUCUGCUCCUGCUCGGCCUCCUCGGCGCCCUCGUCGCCGUCAACACCCCGUCUCGUGCAGGACCAGUCGUUCUUUGAAAUCUGCAGCCCAGAGAUGUCGUUCGAUGCCCACGCCGUGCCGCGCGAGUGCUCGCAGUGCGAAGAGCCUGAUGAGGCCGAGCAGCUCGCGAGCCGGAUCCUCGAGAAGGUGAACGCCGAGAGCUCGGAUGAUCUGUGGUACAUUUAGCUGCAGUGCACUUCAACACACUUGACACGAUUACGAACGCUGGUACGGAUGGAUGGCUGGACUGGUGUAGGAUACAAUGGGUUUAAACGGUUUCUUUUUUUAUUAUGGGCAAAACGGAGUCUUUGGUUUGGGAUACAUUUUAUAGAUAUCUGGUUCGGAUUGCUUUUAUGGUGUUUGGGCAUUUAUACAAUAAUAGAUUAUUAUAC